GAACCGGAAUGUCAAUUAGAAAGAUUUAGCUGAGAACAGCAACUUUCCCUAAAAUUUCUUCGGCUUUCGACUUUUCUGCUCAAUUCAGUCUCUCUACCAGAAAUCUACGGAGAAGUGAUCGAAGAAUUCGGAUAUGGAUUCCGAAAUCCAACGUAGAAUCGAGGAAGCCGUCCGCAGAAUUCUCGAAUCCUCCGACAUGGACGAAAUGACCGAGUCCAAAAUUCGAGCCCUCGCCUCUAAGGACCUCGACCUCGACCUCUCCAAAUCCCCUUACAAGGCUCUGGUUCGCAAGGUUGUGGAAUCCUUCCUCCAAGAACGGUCUGAAGAUCAGCCGCAAGAGGAGGCCGAGGAUGCCUCUGCUGCUAAGGAAAAGGAGUACGACGACGAUGGCGAUCUCAUUGUUUGUUGGUUAUCCAGCAAGAGGAAGGUGACGAUUCAGGAUUUUAGAGGGAAGACUCUGGUUUCGAUCAGGGAGUUUUAUAGAAAGGAUGGGAAAGAUCUCCCUACAGCAAAAGGAAUAAGCUUGACUGAGGAACAGUGGUCCGUCUUUAAGAACAAUGUACCUGCCAUAGAAAAAGCUAUUAAGAACAUGCAAUCACAAAUAAUGUGAAGUAAGUUAUCGCCUGAUAGUUGAUGGUUUGAAGCCUUGAUGCUGAGUAUCUAUGGAAGCCAGAUUUAUCACCGUGAAAAGAGGAAGGAAUUGUACUUUUGGGAAUUGCUGCAGUUUGUUGGUUGCACAAUAUUUUGGUAUUUUGGUACUUCUGUUUUGAGCCUAGACCGCCAACACUUAUUAAAACUUCCAAGGUACCUUUGUACAUUCAUGGCAUCAAGAUGGACAACUGUGGUACACAUUCUCCAUCACCGGAACUCAUAAUGAUGAAUGAUCUCUUAUCUUUUUGUUUUAUGCUAAAAAACGCAGACACUAAUAUAAAUGUGUGCCAUCCCAGCCAUGCCAUGAAGGGUUAAAUGUCUGACAUUGUUAUCGAACUGAUUAUAAUUUAGGAGACUGAGUUAGGCUGUGACUAUCUAUCUAUAUAUAUAUAUAUGGCAGACA